UUAAUUUUUUUACUUAAGCUGCAACGAGAUGUAGCCACUGAACCUUUGACCCGUGUUUGCCCACCAGAAACUCAUGAAAAUUUUCAUAUUUGAGUGACACUUCUUAGAGGUCCUUGAUCUUACAGUUUGGACCAUCGCCAGUAGGUAGGCUUGGUAUACAUUAAUUAACUGUCAUUAGAAGUAUUCGUAAAACGAUGUAAGAUCCCCAAUAUUUAUUCAGUUGUCCGACUGAGAGCAUAUAGUUCAAAUUGCAAAGUAAAUUAAAAACAAAAUUUUGAAUUAAAAGAGACAGAAAAUAAAUAUAAAAAUUCAACGACAUACGAAAUCACACAGAUAAAGCAUGUUUUGAUAUUAAGUUCUUUUACUUUUCUAAAAAAAAAUAAAAUAUUGUGGAUAAUUAUAAAGUUCUAAACAAUCAGCGUUUUUCAAGAUGCAUAAAGUUUGGUCACGUGCAGAGCCGACUCGCGAAUGCAAGGAUACCCAUGACAUUUUUCCCAAGGAUUUGUUAAAGCAGCAACCGAGCACUUUUGUGCCAUCUUACGAAAAGGAUGAACCAGCGAUGAGCCUAUUGCUGGGCUGGGAAUAUGGCCGACUAUGGCUAAAGGAGCACAAGGAGGUAAUAAAACAGCAGGUGUCCAAGGCAAAACCAUAUUAUGUUGAGCCCGACUUUAACUGGUGGGUAAAUAAGCGCACUGUAGUCUUAGAUCGGCGCCAGAUAUUCUCGAAGAAGAAGCAAAACCCACAUGCAAAAAACUGUAAUUUGUCGGCAUUUGCCCUCUCGAAAGUAAAUCGGACCAAGGGUAAGAACAAAGAAAUUGGAGCUCAGGGAUCGUCGGAUUUGAAACCUGCCGCCGCUGCGGAUGCCGUUUUAAUGCCCACCAACACUGCGAACCCCAAAACUUGCGACUGCAGGGACUGCAAGGAAAGAAAUACUGGUGGCCAAGCUACUAAGAAAAAUGUGUAUAACUAUGAGGAACGCAAGGCUACACCCGUGCCUUGGUAUUGAAAUUAAUAACGUAAUCAAACACAAUCAGUUCAUACGCUCGAAGGCUUAAUCUGUAUUAGGUGAUUCACAGCGAAAUAUUAUAAUAUUUUAUGCUCAUUUUGCAGGCGUAUUA